AUGACGACUAGACAUGUUCCCGACGAUCUGUGGAAGCGACUAGGACCUCAUCAUAUUGCCCUUUUCGUGUGGCCAGCUGCAAGUGAGAGCGUGUCCCAUGAUACCCAAUGGCGCCAUGCCACCGUCGCGGAUGCUUCACCCCAACCGGAGGGUCUUCACGUCAAGGCAGCGAAGCGCAUACCAUCGGGGACCGUGCUCUUGCAGGAACGGCCUUAUGUAAGCGUUCUGGACAAACUUUAUCGCACGCAUCACUGUGCUGCUUGUUUUCGGUCGGUUUCGCCGACGGAGCCUAUUCGGUGCUGUCGCGCCUCUUGUGCCUGGCAUCUGUUCUACUGUUCAUCGACAUGUCAAAUUCGGCAUUGGAACCACGGUCACCGUUGGCUUUGUCCUUUUCCCGAGUUGCUCGAGGAUUGCGACAAUAGCGUCUUAUUGGCCUUUCAAGCUUUCGUUGCGGAGGCUUCUAAAAAAGGACGGUACAGUGAGAUCGCUAUUCCAGGUCUGAUAGCCAACUUGGACCAUCAUCCGGCAAGCGAGAUUCAGGAUUACCGAGAGAAAGCACGACGCAUAGUGCGUUUAUUUUGUAUACCCGAAAAUGCAGUCGAAGGAUUGAUCAUGUUGCAAGCUCAGAUUCGAUGCAACAGUUUUGCUAUCCAACAGCAUCAUGCGUCCGUUGACCAUACCACCAACUCACCCACUAUUUCACAAGACAUGAAGAAGCUGGGCAAAGGUGUUUAUUUGACCGCGAGCCAACUCAAUCACAGUUGCGAACCAAACGCUGUAGCUCUUUUUGGCAUGUCUAGUGCGGAUACACCAGACGAUCCAUGUGUAAUUCAAAUUCAAACUACUGCGGAUAUCCACGACCAUCAACCGAUCUGCAUCAGCUAUGGACCACUAGCAGCCAACAUGCCGGCAAAGGAACGACAACAACUAUUGCAGAGAAAUUACUUUUUUGAUUGCAACUGCAGUGCCUGUUCACAAAAAAAUGAUCCGGCGCAAUGCGUCUAUCGAUGUCCUUUUUGCGCUACGGGACGUCUAUACCGUAUGCAACAAUCCUGUUUCCAAUGCGAGCACUCCAUAGACUGGCAACGAAUUCUCAAAGUAAGUAGGUUCAAUCGGAUAAAGAAAGACUGGGCUACAGAGUUGAUGGCAUAUGGGGCUUUUCUGGAGGCACUAUCUCUCCAAGAACAAAUAUAUCAUCCGCAUGCGCUCGUUCUAGGUCAAGCGUUCGAUCGACUGGCACAUCAAGCAGCUGUAGCAGGAGAAUUCGUGCAAGCCAUCAAGUUCUGUCAACGAUCAUCCGACAUUGUACGACAAGCUUACGGAUCGAGCAGUAUCGAAUACACUGAAGAAAUGAUGAAGUUAUCAACGUUGAUGAGCAGCGCGUAA